AUGAGAAUCCAGCCAGGCUAUCCAUUGCUGGUUGCAGCACUGCUGGAGACUCCAGCCCACGGGAGCGCACGUAGUCUCGGAGGGCAGCCGGGGGGGGUGGGGGGUGGGGGGGGGGGGGGGGAGGUUAACACCUCCCCCCGCCACACCCGCCCUUCUGGUGCUCGGGGGGGGGGGGGGGGGGGCGGGGGGGGGGGGGGGGGGGGGGGGGGGGGGGGGGGGGUUAAGAGACACCCAUUCGGAAACAGGUGCCCACCCACGUACUGGCAUCUCCUCACUCGGGGCAUGGGGAGGAUGGACCUGUUCCCAAAUGGAUCAGAGGUGGGCUUCAAACUUUUCCCUCUGAGGAAGUCGCAUGGACAAAUGAGCUCCUGCAGAGUGGACCCAAUAAACAUGGGCCACUUCUGA